AUGUCUAGCGUCGCUGGAGCUCAACAAGGCCCCGUGGAGGCCCGCUCUUUAUCGUCGAUCACCGCCAUCGCCUCGAAUCCCCCCGCCUACCCGCGCAACCCAACCCACGAGAAGCUUGACCCGCUACAGCUGUAUAUUGUGAGGGUUCCUGGCAGUCAAGACAUCUUCCUCUCCCCUCUCAAGCCACCCACCAAGUCAAGCAUCUCGGCUGAGGCGAUAAACGCCUCACUCUAUUAUCUCCAUGUUGCGACGCCCGAGGAUGAUGCGCUACUACAAGAAGUCGAGCAUGAGCGUGAGGAGGAAGCUCAACGGCGCAGAGAGGCCAUGGAAGGCGACCCAGCGCAGCGAGAGUUUGCGCGGAUGAACCAUGUGCGCCGAAAGCCCGUUGGAGGAGUCGAUCACCCGGUUCAGGAUGCCGUUGCUGCUACGGCUACUACUGCGCCAGCAGCAGAGAAUCUGGCCCCUUCUGUUUUGCCGCGCGGCCCAGUUCCGAUGCCCCAUGUUUCAGCAGAAAACAUGUCUUUUGCAGGGACACCGGCGGCCAUCGCAAAUGCAGAUCUUGAUCAAGUGGUUGAACCAAUUAAGACACCAACACGUCCGACGGUCAGCACUGGAAUUCAAGGCCGACCUUUGCCUCCUCUGCCUCCCGACGAGGAGCCUCUUCAUGCUCAACCAAUUAGUGAUGAUCAGCCAAGAAAGUCUCAUCGAUGGAGUGCAUUCGUUGAUAACUUUCAGGGUCUCCAGGAACGGGGACUCGAAGCUUGGAAAGAGAAGUAUGAGACCAUGUCGACCGGGAGGCAUAGUCUAGACUCCACCAGACCUCGACUACCCCCGCGGCCGGUGCAAGGCCGCACUGGUUCUCCGAACAGGAAAUCUGGACAAUCCCCCACUCGCCAGAAGAAUAUGCACCAUUCGCCUCAGAACAACACAAGGUUUCACAUUACAUUGAUCAGACGUGAUCCCGCAUCAGGCACACAGUGGAAUGUGGCAACGAUCUCAAUACCGCGCAUGAAUCACAAUACCGUUGAUAUUGAGAUCUCGACACCCGGAUAUAACCGUUUUAUUGGCUCCAAUGAGCCGCUAUCACUUGCUGAUAUAGCUGCAAAUCUUCCCGCGGGGAUGCGGCGACCAGGAGCACCAUCCCUACCGCCGUCAUUGGGGCAUGUCCAAUCGAACGAGCCACAGGUUUCCGAAUCGCGCAAAUUUCAUCGGCAGCUCUGCGUAUCAAGGAAUUUUGAAGACCCAACACGAAGUGACCGAGGCCCUCCGGAGUUUGGCAACGGGCAAAUUCCCGAAGGUUCAAAACUCAAGAGUGGCUAUUACGUCUUUAAUUCGCCUUGGAACGGGACAUGCACUUUCUCCACAAGCGUCAACGGCCGCAGCCUGAAAUGCAAGCAUCUGAUCUCAGGACCUGGCGGCAUCGUACCCAGCAGUGACAACGAUGGCAAUCCCGCAGUCACUGUUGCUGAAAUUCGGUUCAACACACCCUUCCAAGCCGCCAAUCUCCAUUUCCACGCCUCAAAUCGCCAAAACCAACACCCUCAUCACAACCCGUCUCUCGCGUCUUCCCCCAACAAGACAUCUUUCCCUCGUCAUAUUCAGGAUCCCACCAACGUCGAAACCUCCAAACGUAAUUCUCUCUCCCAAUUUCUGAACCCGAACACCUACGCGCGCCCACGUGCCCACUCCGGGCCCAAUAUGUCCUCCGACGCUCCCAACAACACCUCAAACAUCGUCCGCCGAAACUCCCAUCGUCUAGCCCGCUUCUCCCGGCAGAAUCAAUUUGCGCAUCAGCACACCGAUGCGCGGCGCAGCACCAGCACAAGCAGUGGUGGACCGGACUCGGACGAGGACCGGCUAGACUUUUCUCUAGCGCGAGAACUAGCCGGCGGUGGCAUGCGAGGGAAGAGCGCUAAGCUGGGGAAGCUGGUUAUCGAAGAUGAGGGAAUUAAGAUGCUAGAUUUGGUAGUAGCGGCUUGCAUGGCCGUUUGGUGGCGGGGAUAUUAUCAUUGA